UUAAACGGCAGUUUCCAGGCAAUCGGCUGAUCCCGAAGAACACAAGGGACCCCUGUCUUUUCUUUCACAGGAAUCCAUCCCCCAGUGGGCGGGCACUGACUUCAGUUUCACAAUCAAAGGAGAGGAAACCGAGGAACAGAGAGUGAGCUGUCAAAGUCAUCUCUGUCUCUUUCUCACACACACACACUCUGUCAACAAACAUCAUGGACCAUCAGAAGAGCCAGGAAUUAAGCAGUCGGAAGUGAACUAUAAAGUCGUUGUUGGCCGAAGGAAGCCUGGAGUGUGCCCCCAGCUGGUAGGGACUGGCCGGGCGAUGGAGUUGAGGAGGAGAACAUGCCAAGGGAACUGGGCUUCUCUCUGCUGACUGUCCUGUCCCAGGGAAGUGCGGCGUCUCGUCCAGGGAGAGGAUGUUGUCGGUGAAAUUGCCACAGCUUUUAAACCAUCACCAGGUCCCCGUGGUAUUCCGGGAAGACGGAAUUAUCUCCGGCUAUCGCCACCCCAGGAGCUCCGCCGUGGACUGUCUGCUCAGCAGCUUUCAGAUGACAAACGAGACGGUGAACAUUUGGACACAUUUUCUGCCGACCUGGUACUUUCUGUGGAGGUUCCUGGCCCUCUCGCACUCUGUGGACUUCUACAACGAGGCGUACGCCUGGCCGCUGUUUGUCUACAUGUUGGUCAUCUGCCUGUACCCCUUCAUUUCCAGCUGUGCCCACACCUUCAGCACCAUGUCCGCGCACAUCCGCCAUGUCUGCUACUUCCUCGACUAUGGAGCCCUCAGCCUCUACAGCCUGGGGUGUGCUGUCUCGUACAGGGCCUACAUCAUACCUGACCGGUGGAUUAAUAGCACCCUCCACUGCUACUUCACCCACGUGGCUGUCUUCAACUCCUUGGUCUGCACGACCCUCUCCUGCUAUUCCAGGUAGGUACGACAUGGAGCAUCAGAGACAA